AUAACAUCAAAAUUAAUAAUUAUAGCGAACGAGGGCGGCGUGCAGCGAAGCGGAUUCCGACCGAACCCCAACGGCGGACUUCUAGAGAGAGAGAGAGAGAGACACAGAGCGAGAGAGAGAGAGAGGGGAGGCAAAGAUCCAGAAAAUCGAAGGAAGGAAGAGCCGUCAGACCGACCUGCAAGGCAACGGUCGCCAUCGUUGUCCGUCGACGCGAACUCCGAGUUUGUUGUGGAUGUGCAGACAAGCUCCAUUGUUUGUGAGGACCUUGUAAGGAAUCACUGGAUACAUAUAUACAUAUAUAUAAUUUGAGCUAGCUAGAUGUCGUUCCGGAGCCUCGCUCGGGAUUUGAGGGAUAGUAUUGGAAGUUUGUCGAGACGGCGCGGCGGAAAGUCUCACGGCGCUGUUCAUGAGUCGCACGAUCGUCCCGAAGUCGUUCAGAGCAGCUGUUGGGCGGGUCUUCCGCCAGAGUUGCUUCGGGAUGUGAUUAAGAGGUUGGAGGAGAGUGAAACUACGUGGCCUGCACGAAAGAAUGUUGUUGCCUGCGCAGGCGUUUGCCGGUCGUGGCGAGAGAUGUGUAAGGAAAUUGUACAGUCUCCGGAGUCUUCCGGAAAGUUGACGUUCCCGAUAUCGCUCAAGCAGCCGGGAUUUCGAGACGGAACCGUUCAGUGCUUCAUUAAGAGAGACAAGUCGAAAUUGAAGUACCAGUUGUUUCUUUGUCUGAGCCCAGCCCUGUUAGUUGAGAACGGUAAAUUUCUUCUUUCUGCAAAAAGACGACGCCGUACAACCUGUACUGAGUAUGUAAUAUCGAUGGGCGCUGACAAGAUUUCGAAAUCGAGCGGCACUUACAUCGGAAAAGUGAGGUCAAACUUCCUCGGAACUAAGUUCGUCAUAUACGACACUCAACCUCCUUACAAUAUUUCGGCCCUCGGCAAUGCCAGCCAACGUUUCACGUCAAAAAAGGUCUCUCCGAGAGUCCCGACCGGAUGUUAUAACAUCGCACAGGUUGCUUACGAGCUUAAUGUGCUUGGAACGCGGGGCCCGCGUAGGAUGCGGUGUGUCAUGCACUCGAUCCCGACGUCGUCCGUCGAACCGGGCGGCACAGUCCCGGGACAACCCGAGCUCCUUCCCCGCUCCCUUGAGGAUUCGUUCCGGAGCAUUUCCUUUUCCAAAUCGAUCGACGGCUUGUCUGAGUUCAGCAGCGCCAGAUUUUCAGACAUCGCGGGUCCUCGGGAUAGCGAGGAUGGUCUGAAAGACGGGCCUUUGGUCCUGAAAAACAAGGCCCCGAGAUGGCACGAGCAGCUCCAGUGUUGGUGCCUAAAUUUCCGAGGACGAGUGACGGUCGCCUCCGUUAAAAACUUCCAGCUCAUCGCCGCGGGUAGUACGACUCCGGCGCCGGCGCCGCAACCGUCGAGCCAGUCGGAUCAGGACAAGAUCAUCUUGCAGUUUGGUAAGGUCGGUAAGGACAUGUUCACCAUGGAUUAUCGGUAUCCCUUGUCUGCGUUUCAGGCGUUCGCCAUUUGUCUGAGCAGCUUCGACACGAAGCUGGCGUGCGAAUAGCAGAACGGGAACGGCGACAAAGACGAACUGGGUUUCUUUCGAGACAGAAAAAUGUCGAUUCGAUUUCGAUUUCUGGUAUGGUGUGUCUGUUUAAAUUCGAACAAUGUGUUGUUUUUGGUGUUUUUGUCUGAGCUUCUGAUCUUGAGUCGAAUCGAAUGAAACAAUCUGCUGUUAAGUUGUUGUAUGGUUGUGGUUACAAAACAAUGCCUUGGUGGUUUUAUUUUCAUUACAUUCUUGAAGGGAUUUUUCAUAAA